GCGAACCCUGGGGCACUGCCAUUCAUUUGUUCACAAAACAAGUGCUCUUGGAGCGUCUGUGCAGGCUAAGCUCCGGGGAUCCAGUUUGUACCAGGCGGAACUGUGUUCUGGGAAGGAAGAAAAGCAACUCUCUCGAAGGGUUGGAGGCCGUCUGAGCACCUAAUAACUAAAAAUUGGUGAUUCGAGACACACUGGGAGCUUCCCCACUGAGCCCAAGGGGGAGAUCAGCAAGGUCCGUGCUGGCCAGAUCUUUGGUGAGCAGCUGCUGUAUGUAGGAGUGAGGGUGUUUCCUCCUAUUCUUCACUUAGUUGCAGUUAAUGACCAAAGGCCAUGUGACCAUUGCUCAGAAGGACCCAAACAAAUGACACUGGUGAUGAAAGGCAUACAGCUUGCCUUGAUGGUGAAACUGGGACUGAGGAGAUGUUGAUUCCAAAGCAUCAUUCCUGAAAAAUCUGAAUUACGUUGUACUCAGGAGAAUCUUACGGAAGUGUUGCUAAGGAAGUCACAUUCUCCAAAGCUCCCUGAAAGGAAGAAGAAGACUGGAGAGACCAUUGGAAUGGUCCAAGCAUGAGAAAAUGAGAAAGACAAGAAGCUUCAAAAACAGGACAUUUAAGGACAACAAAACACACACUGCUGUCAGUGACAAAGAAUCUGAAAAAGAUGAUAGUCAGUGUGAUGAGCCCACAGCAAAUGAGAGACCUGUGGCUGAGAAGAGACAGUAUGUAUGCACCGAGUGUGGGAAAGCCUUCAGUCAGAGCGCCAACCUCACAGUGCAUGAGCGAGUCCACACCGGAGAGAAACCGUAUAAGUGCAAGGAGUGUGGGAAGGCCUUCAGUCACAGUUCCAACCUCGUGGUUCAUCGGAGAAUCCACACUGGACUGAAGCCCUACACAUGUAGUGAAUGUGGGAAAUCCUUCAGUGGAAAGUCCCACCUCAUCCGGCACCAGGGAAUCCACAGCGGGGAGAAGAUAUAUGAAUGUAAGGAGUGUGGGAAAGCUUUUAGUCGGAGCUCAGGGCUCAUUUCUCACCACAGAGUUCACACGGGGGAGAAGCCCUACACUUGUACUGAGUGUGGGAAAGCCUUUAGCCGGAGUUCAAACCUUACUCAACAUCAGAGAAUGCACAAAGGAAAAAAAGUUUACAAAUGUAAGGAGUGUGGGAAGACGUGUGGUUCUAAUACAAAGGUAAUGGACCAUCAGAGAAUUCACACUGGGGAGAAGCCCUUUGAGUGUGACGAGUGUGGAAAAGCUUUCAUUUUAAGUAAGACCCUUCAUGAACACCAGAGACUUCAUCGUAGGGAGAAACCUUACAAGUGUAAUGAGUGUGGGAAAGCCUUUACUUCUAAUCGAAACCUCACUGAUCACUGGAGAGUGCACACUGGAGAGAAACCUUAUAAAUGCAAUGAAUGCGGGAAAACUUUCAGGCAGACUUCUCAAGUUAUUCUACAUUUGAGAACUCACACUAAGGAGAAACCCUAUAAGUGUGAAUGUGGGAAAGCCUAUCGUUACAGCUCACAGCUUAUUCAACAUCAGAGAAAACAUAAUGAGGAGAAAGAAACCUCAUAAAUAACAAAUAUUGUUGGUAAUAGGGCUACUUUUCUGAAAAGCAAGUAGUAUCAGUAACCUUCAUUCUACUUCUAAGAGUCCAUAUAGAAAAAAUAAUAGAAGAGGUGCCAGGUGUGGUGGUGGACACCUGUA